AUGCGGUGCCCCAGGAGGGAUGAAUGGAGUAUUGAGAAGCACCGCAGCCGGCAGAUUGCCUUUCACCCCCCGCCACCGAGCUGCCUGCCUGCUGGCGGCUCUGCCCCCGGGCCUUGCCAGCACGGCCCGGGGAGGCUGGAGGCUGGGCUGCUGCCUCGCUGCCUGAUGCCAGCCACGCUGCUCCUCCUCCUCCUCCUCGACCCCAGCGGCACCACCUCUGAGCCAGCGCUGUUGCCAUCCCCAGAGAUCCGUUUGGCCAACGGCCCCAGCCGCUGCCAGGGGCGGGUGGAGAUCCUCUACAACGGCUCCUGGGGCACGGUCUGUGACGACGACUGGGACAUCGUGGAUGCCAACGUGGUGUGUCGGCAGCUGGGCUGCGGCCACGCCAUCGCCCUGCCCCCCGCCAUGACCUUCGGCCAGGGGUCCGGCCCCAUCCUCCUGGACAACGUGGACUGCAAGGGCCAGGAGGCAGCCCUCAGCGAGUGCUGGAGCCACGGCUGGGGCAUCCACAACUGCUACCACUACGAGGACGUGGCUGUUGUGUGCAACGAGUUCUCGCCCACGCAAGCCAGCGAAGGACCAACGAGCAGGACCCUCACUGCCCCGGCCCAGGAUGGGGAAAGCGACGGCAGCGUGCGGCUGGUCAGCGGCGCCGACAGCUGCCAGGGCCGGGUGGAGAUCUUCUACCGCGGGACCUGGGGCACCGUCUGCGACGACGACUGGGGCCUGAGCGAUGCCAGCGUGGUCUGCAAGCAGCUGGGCUGCGGCCAGGCGCUGGACUACAAGAGCAAUGCCUACUUCGGCUACGGCACGGGGCACAUCCUGCUCGACAACGUCCACUGCGACGGCACCGAGCCCGUCCUGGCCGCCUGCUACAGCCUGGGCUGGGGCAUCCACAACUGCGGCCACCACGAGGACGCCGGAGUCAUCUGCGCAGGGCUGGACAGCUCCACCAGCACCUCCUUCACCACCGCAGGGGCCCUGGGCUCCGAGGAGACUCUCACUGCCACGGCCACAGCAGUGACAGACACCAGGGACCAGCCCUCCCAGGCCACCCAGGUGGCCACCACUGCUCUCCUCACCCUGGAGCAGGAAAGCGGCGCCUUGCGGCUGGCGAACGGCAACGGGAGCUGCCGCGGGCGGGUGGAGGUGCGGCACGGCGGCACCUGGGGCACCGUCUGCGACGACGACUGGGACUUCCCCGACGCCCAGGUGGUUUGCCGCCAGCUGGGCUGCGGCGCCGCGCUGGCCGCCACCGUCCUGGGCUCCUUCGGCUACGGCAGCGGCCCCGUGCUGCUGGACAACGUGGGCUGCGGCGGCGCCGAGCGCAGCCUGGCGGACUGCUUCCACCUGGGCUGGGGGCAGCACAACUGCGGCCACCACGAGGACGCCGGAGUCAUCUGCAGAGGCACUGAUGAUGCUGGAGAGCAUUUCCAAGAAGCCACUGCUACAACCACCACUGCAGCCCAGACUCAGCCCAAGGAUGGGUCCCUGCGGCUGGUGAACGGCAGCCACCGCUGCGAGGGCCGGGUGGAGCUGUUCCUGCUGUCGCAGUGGGGCACGGUGUGCGACGACGCCUGGGACCUGCGGGACGCCAAGGUGGUCUGCAGGCAGCUGGGCUGCGGGCCGGCGCUGGCGGCCUGGGGGGAGGCUCGGCACGGCCAGGGCAGAGGCUACAUCUUCCUGGACAACCUCAAGUGCAAGGGCCAUGAGCCGUCGCUGCUGCGCUGCUCCCACAUCCGCUGGGACGUCCACAACUGCGACCACUCCGAGGACGCCAGCCUUCUCUGCCAGCCAGCUCGGGCUGCGCUGGGAUCACCCAGACAGAACAUGCCCGGUCUGGGCAUCACCUCCAUGGCAACAGAGAAUGACAGGCAGGGAGCCACCCCGCGUCUGCUGCCCAGCACUGGCAAACGCCAGCCCGCUGCCACCUCGCUGCCACCUCGCUGCCACCUCGCUGCCAUUGCCUGUGCCCAGGGAGAAGCAGGGGAGCCGGCGGCCGUGCCCGCAGCUUGUGCCCCGUGGCGAUGCCACCAGAGAAUCCCCGCGGGCAAGGGGCUGCCCAGCGGGCGGGGGUCCGGCCCUGCCUGUGGGGAUCAGAGGGGGGUGGGAGGCACCGAGAUGGUGCCCAAGAAUAAUAAUGAUCCCUGGGACAAUCGAUAUUUCCCCUGGGAAAGCCACACCGGGAGCCCGACCCCGCACCCCGAGAGCACCUGCCCGCGGGGCACCCAGCACCUGCCCGGGGGCGACAUAGCACCUGCCCGGGGGCCACUCAGCACCUGCCCGGGGGCCACUCAGCACCUGCCCGGGGGCGACAUAGCACCUGCCCGGGGGCCACCCAGCACCUGCCCGGGGGGCACCCAGCACCUGGCCGGGGGCCACUCAGCACCUGCCCGGGGGCCACCCAGCACCUGCCCGGGGGGCACUCAGCACCUACCCGUGGGCCACCCAGAAGACCCAGGCCGCGAGUGGGUCCAGGCUGCAAACGGCUCCAUCUUUAUGAGUGGGUCUGGGGUGCGAGUGGGCUCCUGCCGUGUGACGGCCUGGGCCCUGAGCGCGUCCAACCCCGCUCGUGACUCACACUCAUGA